AUGGCGCUGCCAUCAAUCUUUAAGAGGAAAUAUUUUGCUGCUUUUGUUUACUUGGUCCUGCUGUUGGAUAUUUGCAAUGGGUUCUAUCUGCCGGGUACUUAUAUGCGUACAUACACAACUGGACAAACUAUAAAUGCCAAGGUGAACUCGUUGACUUCGAUUGAAACUGAGCUUCCUUAUAGCUACUAUAGUCUUCCUUACUGCACACCUCAAGGGGGUGUAAAGAAGAGUGCUGAAAAUCUGGGAGAACUGUUAAUGGGAGACCAGAUUGAUAAUUCUCCUUACCGUUUCCGUAUGAAUGUGAAUGAAUCUGUAUACUUAUGCACCACCCCUCCACUCAGUGAGCAUGAGGUCAAGCUGUUGAAACAGAGAACUCGUGACCUUUAUCAAGUGAACAUAAUUCUGGAUAACUUGCCUGCUUUGAGAUAUGCUACUCAGAAUGGGAUUAAAAUCCAAUGGACUGGAUUUCCAGUUGGGUACACACCACAAGGUAGUGAAGACGAUUAUAUCAUCAAUCAUCUCAAGUUUAAGGUUCUCAUUCACGAGUAUGAAGGAGCUGGAGUGGAAAUAAUUGGUACUGGUGAGGAAGGCAUGGGCGUUAUAUCGGAGGCAGAUAAGAAGAAGGCUUCUGGGUACGAGAUUGUUGGUUUUGAGGUUAUUCCAUGCAGUGUGAAGUAUGACCCUGAGAAGAUGGCAAAACUCCAUAUGUAUGACAAUGUUGCACCUGUGAAUUGCCCAUUGGAGCUUGAAAAGUCUCAAAUAAUAAGGCAGCAGGAAAGGGUCUCCUUCACUUACGAAGUUGAAUUCGAGAAAAGUAAUAUUAGAUGGCCUUCUAGGUGGGAUGCUUAUCUGAAGAUGGAAGGUGCCCGGGUCCAUUGGUUUUCAAUUCUUAAUUCGCUGAUGGUCAUCUUGUUCUUGGCUGCUAUUGUGUUUGUUAUCAUGUUGAGGACUGUGAGGAGGGAUUUGACUAGGUAUGAGGAGUUGGAUAAAGAAGCACAGGCCCAAAUGAAUGAAGAGCUGUCCGGAUGGAAACUUGUUGUUGGCGAUGUUUUCAGAGAGCCAAAUCAUUCGAAGCUUCUCGCUGUUAUGAUUGGAGAUGGGGUCCAAAUUUUAGGAAUGGGGGUUGUCACCAUUGUUUUUGCUGCCCUUGGCUUCAUGUCUCCAGCUUCGCGUGGUAUGCUGCUGACAGGAAUGAUACUGCUUUAUCUCUUCCUCGGAAUUGCUGCUGGAUAUGUUGGGGUACGUUUGUGGAGAACUAUUAAGGGUACUUCAGAAGGGUGGAGAUCGGUUUCUUGGUCGAUUGCAUGCUUCUUCCCUGGAAUUGUUUUUGUUAUUCUCACUGCUCUGAAUUUCAUACUUUGGGGAAGUAACAGUACUGGUGCUAUUCCAAUUUCCAUGUAUUUUGUGCUUUUAUCUCUGUGGUUCUGCAUAUCUGUUCCCCUUACCCUUUUGGGAGGCUUCCUGGGUACUAGAUCUGAGCCCAUUCAGUAUCCUGUUCGAACCAACCAGAUUCCUAGGGAGAUCCCUGCCCGAAAAUAUCCAUCCUGGCUGCUGGUUCUUGGUGCUGGAACUCUUCCAUUUGGAACUCUCUUUAUUGAGCUAUUUUUCAUCCUCUCGAGCAUCUGGCUUGGAAGGUUCUAUUACGUGUUUGGUUUUCUCCUGAUUGUGCUUCUGCUCCUAGUCGUCGUUUGUGCUGAGGUAUCAGUAGUACUCACUUACAUGCAUCUCUGCGUUGAGGAUUGGAUGUGGUGGUGGAAAGCAUUCUACGCCUCUGGUUCUGUUGCUCUGUAUGUGUUCCUGUACUCCAUCAACUACUUGGUGUUUGACCUGCAGAGUUUGAGCGGACCAGUGUCGGCUAUACUAUAUCUUGGCUACUCGCUCAUCAUGGCCAUUGCCCUCAUGCUCGCUACUGGUACAAUUGGUUUCCUCACAUCAUUCUACUUUGUUCAUUUUCUGUUCUCGUCGGUGAAAAUUGACUGA